CCAUGGAUUUCGUUUGGUUCCAGCAAAAUUAUGCUCUCUUUCUAGGAGCUGUAGUUGUAGCUUUGGUGUUUUAUUUCUCAUCAUUCGUCUUUGAAACUAGAAAAAAUCAUGCUGCACCUGAAGCAGGUGGUGCUUCGCCUAUAACAGGCCACUUAAAGCUCUUUGGAGGAUCAUCAAAUCCUCCCCACAUAGCAUUAGGAUCCAUGGCUGUCAAAUAUGGACCCAUAUUUACUGUUCGUCUUGGGGUAAACAGAAUCUUGGUAGUGAAUAAUUGGAAGAUCGCUAAGGAGAUUUUCACCAUCCAUGACGCAAUCGUCUCCUCUCGUCCCAGCUUUACAGCAGCUAAAAUUUUGGGAUAUAACUAUGCCAUGUUUGGAAUUGCACCUUAUGGUCCAUAUUGGCGAGAAAUGCGUAAGAUUGCCUCCACCGAGCUGUUAUCAAGCCGACGCCUUGAGCAGUAUAAGCAUAUCCUUGUCUCUGAACUGGAGAGCUCUAUCAGAAACAUGUAUGAGCUAUGGAGAGAGAAGGGAGAUGGGCAGGGGAAAGUGUUGGUGGAUAUGAAGAAAUGGUUUGGGGAAUUAGAUAUGAACGUGAUGAUUAGAAUGGUUGCUGGAAAACGGCUUAGUGGUGCUACAAACAGUGAAGAAGAGAAAGAGAUGAAUAGGUGUCGUCGAGUGAUGAGGGAGUUUUUUCAAUUCCUCGGCCUUUUUGUGGUGGGAGAUGCACUUCCUUUCCUAAGGUGGUUAGAUUUGGGUGGUCAUGAGAAGGCCAUGAAAAGAGUUGCCAAAGAUAUUGAUUGUAUAAUCGGAAAGUGGUUGGAUGAGCACAGGAUGAAGAGAGAUUCCAGUCAGGCCAUUGAAGAAAGGGACUUCAUGGAUGUAAUGAUAUCGGCUGUAAAAACUGGAGGCUUGGGAGCUCAUGAUGCUGAUGCGAUUAUCAAGUCUACAUGCUUGGAUAUACUUGCUAGCAGUGCAGAUACCCUUACUGUCAUGUUAACAUGGACACUUUCACUGCUAUUGAACAACCCCCAUGCUCUUCAAAAGGCUCAAGAGGAAAUCGAUAAACAUGUUGGAAACGAAAGGCAAGUUGAUGAUUCAGACAUCAACAAACUAGUCUACCUCCAAGCUAUUGUAAAGGAGACGCUGAGGUUAUACCCAGCAGCACCACUUGCAGCUCCAAGACAAUUUUCUGAAGAUUGCACUUUAGCUGGCUAUCAUGUCCCUAAAGGCACAUGGUUGAUGGUGAAUAUAUGGAAGCUCCAACAUGACCCAGAAAUCUGGUCAGACCCAUAUGAGUUUAGACCUGAGAGGUUCCUUGAUGAGACUCAUAUGCAUGUAGAUGUUAAGGGCAGAAACUUUGAGCUGAUCCCGUUCGGUGCCGGAAGAAGAUACUGUCCAGGAAUAGGUUUAGCACUUCAAAUCUUGCAUAUCGUUUUAGCUACUUUGUUGCAAAAUUUCGACAUUUCUACUCCCAAUGAUGAAGCAGUCGAUAUGACUGAGAGUCCAGGGUUAAUAAAUGAUAAGGCAUCUCCGCUUGAAGUUCAAAUUGUGCCAAGGCUGCCAUCUUUUAUUUGAUGAAUAAAUGUAUAUGAAGGAAUAUGUUUCAGGAAGCUAUUUCCAAUAGAUAUCAAUGGUGUAAUGAUCUUCAAGGUUUUCUGGUCGACCAUGUACGGAUGCUCUUAGUUUGUUUAAUGGAAUAUAUA